UUUCUUAAUAUAUGUGGAAAGUCUAGAAUAUGCAUCUUUUAAAAACAGAGGGAGUAUAUAGUUUCACGUGGUUUCUCAUAGCUCCAUUAUAGUGAACAAUUUAUAACAAUAACUCUACGAUGUAUUUUUUUUGUGAUCAAUAUAAACAGACUUUAUUACGACUCAACAAACCAAAUCGGUAGUUUGAAUUCAUAUGAAUGGUAUUAGUCAUCUAAUGCCUAGCGUCGCGUACUAGUCUAUUCCUCUUUGUAUUAUGCGUUCGUGAGAUAUGGAUAAUUUGCCAUUUCUGUGAAAUUCUCCUUGAGAAUAUAUGUAUUUUCCAAAUAAACUGUAAAUGCAGAUCAUUUUUCUGGUUCUAAAACCAUCUUCUAAAUAGUUCUAUGAUUUAUUUUUCUCUAAAAUACACAUAUUCAUGAUGAAUGUACUUGCACUAUAUUCAUGAUAUAUAGUUUUCAGAAGUAUCCUGUACCAUGAUGAAUAGACUAUUCAAUGUUUAAAAAUCGUUAGAUAUUGUUGACAUUAGACAUUUUAUAAAGAAUUAGUGUGUAGAUGUUGUUUAAACUGCUUUUUAGAAAUAUAUAUAUAUAUAUAUUUUAAAUCGUUUACUUUAUAACAGAUUUAUCUUUUAAACCGAUUUUCAUAACAUUGGUAAUAUUUGUAGCACAAAAGUUAACUUUUAAAAUUUUGGCAAUCAAUAGUUCGCAGAAACUACAUAUGAAUAAAACCAGACUUAACUCUUAACCAGUAAAACAAGAGAACUCGACAACCGUGAUUAAGUUUAUUAUUAAACUUGGAAGGUUCAUUGUAUAACUUUACUAAACUGGAAACUUAAGUUGCAACAAUAAUUAUUUUUAUUUAGUUUGAUAACACAUGAACAUUAACUGAAUAACAAUAUUUUUGUUUACAAAAGAUACUAUUUUUUUUUCCAUUUUUACUAAAGAGGAACAGUAAAACUACAAAGAAUCUAUUUUUAAAGAAUUUUUACUAAAUUGACACAUACUUAUUAUUACUAGAAUAAUUUAUAUGCUGUAAAUAUUAUUAUAUAGUUUUAUGGUCCAAAAUACUCUCAUAGUUAUAACAAAAAUGAAUUACAAAAAAGCCAUUAAAAUGCUGUGACACAUCAUUAUUGGAAACACAAUUUUAACAAUAAAAUAUCUGUCGUAAUUGAAGUCUAUUUAUUAAACAUGUUUAGAAAUUUUUUGUCAAAAAUGUGGUGCCAAACUUUUGUGUGAACAACAUAUCUUUUUCUCAAACAGAAUUUACUAUUUCAAGAAAAUGAAUUACAAAAUGUCAGCAAAAUGUAAUGAUACAUCAUUGUUGGCAGAUUUUUUUUUAACAAUAAAAUAUCUAUAAUAAUUUAAGUCUAUUUGUUAAACAUGUGUUUAGAAGGAAAUCUGUCACAACUUACAAGCGUGUGCCUGACUUUCUGUGAGCAACAUAUUUUUUUGCUCCAACAGAGUUUACAAUCCCGCUUUUGUUGAAAACAGAUUUAUCUGGAUCAGUUAGCCAACUGAGGGAGCAGAUUUUUAAAAUUUGGCAAUUUUUUCGAGCUAGUUAGAUUUUUGGGUAAUAUUUAAUUUCUAUAUAGACAAAGUUAAUAUAAUUUUUUUGACAGAUUUGUAUAAAUGAUUUUAAUUUUUAGUAGUUGUACUUAUUUAGUGGCAUAUGUUUCAAAUUAGCCCAUUUCAGAAUUAUUUUUUUGAGGUAAAUAUUUAUUACUAGAUUGCCAUACACUUUGGUAGUAGAUUUGUUCUAUAUAUGAUGGCAGACUCUUAACCGAAAAUAUAGGGUUAGCGUAAGCCAAAAAUUUAACCGAAUUAAAUUGAAUUCUGAUCUAUAUCAAAUUUGAACCAGACUUAGGUUUUUAAGUUUGCAACUGUUUUCGUCAUAAAUGAAGACUAGAUUCUGACCCGCGCUUUUCAAGCACGGGUUUAUUUUUGGUUUUAAUUUUUUUUAAUAAAUUUCUAUAUGAGAUAAUAUAUAAGUCUUAGAACAUUUAUCCGAAACCUACGAAUCAACUGAAAAAAAACAAAACUAAAAUUGAACCGAAUUUCAUAAAUAACCGAUCAGAUGUUUUAUCUCUUGAAUCAAAAAAUUGAAACCAAACCGAGAACCAAAUGGGUAUAUGUAUUUUUAAAAUAAAAAUUAUUUACCUACAAAUAUUAAUUAUAUUUAAUUUUUAACAUGUGCUAUAAUAUAUGUUUAAAUUUGUAUAUAAAAUUUAUAUUUUUUAUUUUAAAAUUUUAAUCGAACUAUAUUUAAUUUAAAAAAAAAAUCAAACAUAAUUUGCAUAAAACACAUAGUUGUUUUUAAAAAGAUUAACAGAAUAUUUUUUAUAUAAAUAUUUGAUGUUGUCUGAUACCAUAAAACCUUAUAUGCAAAAACUAUUUACGCUAAAUACACUAAUCCAAUUGUAAAACUAUGAGAUUAUGAUAUAAGGCCAUCAUAUAUUAUAUUUUCCUAUUCAGUGUGGUAUAUGUUCGUAAAGUUUGAAGAAAAUAUAAUUUUGUUAAUGGAAAUGAUCCAUUAGAUAAUAACAUGUGGACCUCAUAAAAUUUGAAUCUAAGGAAACCUAACAAAACAAACACGUAGUAUUUUGAAAUAAAUGAAAACGUAGUCCAGUUUGCUACGCCAUGGUAUUCUGCGGGUUGUUAUUAAAAAUGAUAGGGUCAAGUUUUUUUUGAACGAAUAUAGGAUUAAGUUAUGAUUUAUUUGCUUGUAUAUAAUAGGUUAAGUUAAUAAUGAAAGGGUCCAAACAACCUCUUUUUAAGUAGAUUUAUUAAAACUCCUUCUCUUUUAAUAGUAUUGAUUACAAAGUUGAUUUUUCUGAACAUGAGUUGGAACUGAGGUAGUUUUUUUGCCGAAUCAAAAUCUACUCAAACAAAACCUUGAUACACCACAUGUGAAAGUAGGAAAUAAAAGGAAGUUUCAUGGCUUUUGGAUAUUUGAAAAGUUGAAAAUGUUAAAUUAUGUGUAGAGUUUAAAGUGAAUAAAAAUCAUACGGAGAAAGUUAGCAAAGAUCUGAAAGAAACUGGACCAGUAUACUGACCUAUUGUGUGAAAACGAAGAAGAUGCGUAUGACAAUGCAUGGUGUUAUUUAACAUGAUUACCAAAAAAAAAUACAUGGUGUUCGAUUUGAUUACUACGACAAUUCUAAUUGGUUAGGGUUACAGAGAAGAAUCAGAAUGUUACUGAGAUGAAGAAUAUGUCUUCCCUCAUUUUUUCUACAAAAGAUGUUGUGAGAACAAGUGUAUUGUCCACCAGAUGGAGAAAUCUUUGGCAACGUGUUGUUGGAUUGGACUUGAAAUCCCGCCAUUUCCAGAAUUUCAGUAAGUUUGUGAGUUUCACUGACCGGUUUUUCAAUUACCACAGGGACUCUUUGAUCUCCAAAGUCUGUUUAAAAAUUUGUGAUAACUUGAUUAUCACCCCAUGGAUUGAUCUUGUGACCGCAAGAGGGAUUCAGCAUCUUGAUAUUUAUUUUGUAAUCACUUACACAUUUGAUCUGAUACCUCUGAGCUUAUAUACCUGUGAGACGUUGGUACACUUACGGCUCCAGAAUGUCUUAUUGGUUAAUACCGAGUUUGUUUCCUUACCUUGCCUAAAGAUCAUGGAUUUAGAAGUUGUUCGCUGUCCCAAUGAGGCCACGUUGGAGAAACUUAUUUCGGGCUCUUUUGUUCUGGAAGAUUUGAAGAUCCUUCGGUACUCUGUUAAAGGUUCAAAGGGUUUAAAAGUGCGCUCUCGGACGCUAAAGAGACUUCACCUAUAUACUGGUACUACAACUUCUGAUUGAGGCUCCUCUACUCCAGUGUUUGAAGACUGAUGUUAACUUAACAAAUCAAUUUAGAAUCAUCCAUUCGGGUUUCUUAGACAAAGUAGAUAUUUUCUUUUUUGGUGUCCAUGAAAACCCCGGCGGGAGAAGAGUGGAUCGUGAUAUCCUCACUGAUAUGUCGAUGGUCAGCGAUCUAUUUAUUCGUUGUAUUUUUUGGGAGGUAUACUUGUCAACAUCUGAACAUUUUAAAUAACCAUCAUUAUUUAUUUUAUCUUGCCAAGUUCUUGUUCUUUAAUUAGUAGUUGAACAUUGAGUAUUGAAGUUAUUUUUACUUGUUAAAUUGAUAAAAUUGAGUUGGCUUUUUAGGCAAAAUAUGGUGGUUUAACUAAUUCGUUAUAGUAUUGGACGGAAACAUACUGUCUACACUUUUAUUCAGGAUAUAUAUGAUGAAAGAUUAUUUUGAAAAUGAUGGAGAAAACAUGAGACCUUGUUGACUAACAAUGCAAACAUAACUCAAAAACCAAACUAAGACCAAAUAAAGCUAUAACCAUGUGAACAUACAAUAACAUCAAACAGUCCUAUUAUUUAUAAUUAGUUUAAGACUUUCGAAUCAUAAAAAUAGUGUACUUUUCUCUGGAAUAGGUUACUCAAGUUAAUGUUUUACUAAUCAGUCUUAUAUUUAGUUAGACCUCGAGAAUCGUUAAAAUUUCAAGCCUUUAAAAUAAUUUGGUACUAACACAAAGCACUAGUCGACGCUUACUAAAGUGCGAGACGUCAGAAUUUUCAUUUAAAUUACACAAAUAUUUCAAGAAUCAAGAUUCCCAAUUUUAUAGCCAACCAAAGAUGACUCAACCUGAACGAAUAAUAGAAAAAAGUAAAAAACUAACACAAAAGUACAAUAUGACGUUUGCAUAGACAUGAGAUUCAUUGCGUUUAUGCGUGUGUGUAUAUAAGAAAUCCUCAGUUUGUUCUGCUUGGAACUGCAAAAUAUUAUAUUUUUCUUCUGUUUUCUGUUCUGCGUCAUCCUGCAAAACGAAGAUCUUGUUUCUGCAACCAAACAUGAACAGCGAAGUCUCUGAGCCGAUUCAUAUUUGUUUUUUCCCCUUCAUGGCUCAGGGCCACAUGAUACCAACCCUAGACAUGGCCAAGCUUUUCACCAGCAGAGGAGCCAAAUCAACCAUCAUCACAACCCCAAUUAACUCUAAGAUUUUAGAGAAACAAACUGAAGCAUUCAACAAUCAAAACCCUGAUCUCGAAAUUGGAAUCAAGAUCUUCGACUUCCCUUGUGUAGAGCUUGGUUUGCCUGAAGGGUGCGAGAACGUUGACUUCAUCAACUCAUACCAUAAACCUAACGCAGGUGACUUGUCCUUAAAGUUUCUUUUCUCUACCAAGUACAUGAAACAGCAGCUAGAGAGUUUCAUUGAAACAACCAAACCGAGCUGUCUCGUGGCCGAUAUGUUCUUCCCAUGGGCGACGCAAUCCGCGGAAAAGUUCGGUGUGCCAAGACUUGUGUUCCACGGCACAUCGUUCUUUUCCUUAUGCUGCUCUUAUAACAUGAGGAUUCGUAAGCCUCAUAAGAAAGUAGCUACGAGGUCUACACCUUUUGUGAUCACUGGUCUCCCCGGGGACAUAGUUAUGACAUCGCAGCAAGCUAAUGUUAGCAACGACGAAACUCCAAGGGGAAAGUUUAUGAAAGAGGUCAGAGAAUCGGAGUCCAUUAGCUUUGGUGUUUUGGUGAAUAGCUUCUACGAGGUGGAAUCUACUUAUGCCGACUUUUACCGUGAUUUCGUUGCGAAAAGAGCUUGGCACAUCGGUCCGCUUUCGCUCUGCAACGUAGAUCUUGCGGAGAAAGCUGGGAGAGGGAAAAUAGCAAACGUUGAUGAGAAGGAAUGCCUGAAAUGGCUCGAGUCUAAGGCAACUGGUUCAGUGGUUUACGUGUCAUUUGGCAGCGGAACUAGCUUCACCAACGAGCAGCUGUUAGAGAUCGCCGCCGGUCUUGAAGGCUCUGGUCAAAAUUUCAUUUGGGUGGUUAGGAAAAACGAAAACCAAGGUGAAAAUGAGGAGUGGUUGCCUGAAGGGUUUGAGGAGAGAACAAAAGGGAAAGGGCUGAUCAUAUGUGGGUGGGCCCCGCAGGUGCUGAUACUUGACCACAAAGCGGUUGGAGGAUUUGUGACGCACUGUGGAUGGAACUCGGUUAUGGAGGGCAUUGCUGCGGGGUUACCUAUGGUGACUUGGCCGAUGGGCGCAGAACAGUUUUACAACGAGAAGCUAUUGACAAAGGUGUUGAAAACAGGAGUGAAUGUAGGGGCUACAGAGUUGGUGAAAAGGGGAAAGUUGAUUAGUAGAGAGGAAGUGGAGAAGGCAGUGAGAGAAGUGAUAGUUGGGGAAGAGGCAGAGGAAAGGCGGAAACGGGCUAAGAAGCUAGGCGAAAUGGCCAAAGCAGCUGUUGAGGAAGGAGGGUCUUCUUAUAAUGAUUUGAACAAGUUCAUGGAAGAGGUGAACGGUAGAAAGUAGAAGAAAACUGAACAUAUUUCAUGUUUCUUUUUAACAUGUUUUAUGCUGUGAGAUGGAUUUUUUUUACUUGGUUAGCUUUAGCUACGACCCCCUAAGUCAGUCGUAUAAAGUUGAUGGAAUGUAUUUGGUACAUUUAUGUAUCUGCUUUGAGAUCAAAAUUCUCGUUAUCCGUACAACAUAUUUCCUGCUUUCUGCUUCCGAUCAUCACUUCAUGCUUCAAAUUUCAUACAUAACCUGAAGAUGCAAAGAUCAGGUGAACCAGUUUGAUGUAGGCAUUAUCUGCUACAACGAGUGUGCAAGUAGAAUAAUCGAAAUGUAGCAGAGCUGAAGACUUGGAAAUCAAAUUUUGGAAAACAAGCAGCUGAAAUUUUAUUUUAGAGAAGGAAUAUCUCCUUUUGGAAUUUUCAUAAAGACUUUGUAGAGUUUUAGGAAACUUGUCAUAUUUGGAGAUUUGGAGAAUAUCUCUUAAGAGGGUAGGUUAGCUGUUUGGCUACCAAGUAUAAGUAGUCUUGCUCGACUUGUGUAUUAGAGUUAUCACUUGAGUUGUAUUCUUAGCAUAAGUGUGAAUUUUCAUAACUUAUAAGGUGAGUGAAAAGCACAAAGGGUUAAUGAGUGAUGUUCUAAAGUUUUGUAUUCAAUCUUAGGACGUGUGAGGCUAAAGGAACGAGUCAAGACUGUCUCGGUCUUGUUGAGGUUAAAACUGUAAGUUCAUUUUAAAAGAGAUAUAAUAUAUACACAUAUCUUUGUAGAGAGAUACUUUGUAUUGUGUGUUACACUUUGUGCUAUAGUUCUUGCAUUUACAUUUGGUCAGAGCGGUCACCCGUUUCGAUUGUACAACAAGUGAGAUCCUGCGUAAAAAAUAGAGAUUGUCAAUUUGCGUUUGACUUCUCUCCUGAUGUAAAAAAUGCCUAUUUGAAUCUGCAUCCCUUGAAAGAUGAAGAAAUAAAGGAUGAUGAAAUGCUUGAUGUACUCUCCAUGAUGAUCUAGCAGACUUUCUAACAGAGGGAACUCUGAGUAUGAAGAGCUUGACAACUUGGUCUCUAUCUCUGUGCAAAGCUGCUCUGGUCACCAAUGCUGCAUACAACUGGCUCUCUUCCUCUCACAAGAAUCAUGUAUCCGUUGAGAGGGUUCGACUGACCUACAAGAUGUAUCAUGGAAUUUGAGUUGAUGUGGGAGAGAUGACCUUCCACCAAGUUUUGAAUCUUAGUCUACUCCAAAUGGAAGGUUGAAAGAAGACACACGAGGGUUGGCAUUCCCUAGGAUCAUAUUUGGGAUUCUUCAAAGCCAGUAUCAACUGAAGAGGAAGCUAAAGGAGAGGUUGGUUCAGUACAAGGAGGAUGUCCGACUUGGUGAAUAGUAUCUCUUCAAGCUGAAAAAGCUGAAAAGAAGAAGGGAAAGUCUGUUUCCUUGAUGGUUUUACCAAGUGAAUAUACGGUAGAUCCAGCAAUGCAUAGCUCGACAAUACUUCUUGAAACUCCCUUAUGCUUUUUUUUCUUUCUUUUUGUCAACUACUCCCUUAUGCUUGCCACUGAGAUUGAUAGGUUCACAUAGCCAUAGUGCUCAUCAUAAUCCAAGGUUUUGUUGUAAGGGAGUAGAAGCAUGACGAUUUUUAGAUAUUCCCAUAACUCCAUCAAUAGAUAUGUUUGAUGCAUAUACAUGAACAACAAAAUAACUUCAUGUCAUGAUAAAAUGGUGUUUGAUGCUGAAAUGUUUGUUGAAUCAAUACAAUAAAAGAAUCUAAAAAUAAAAGAUUAGAUUCUUGAGGUUUAGAAGAAAUCUUAAAGAAUCAAAUGAGAAAUCAACAUCAAAAAGAAUUUAUAGAUCAAAGAUUGUUUUACAUGUAUGAUUACAAGUGUAAAUAAGUCUAAGAAUCCAUAAACUCUUUGUAAGAAGUGUUAAGUCUAAAAAUGAGGAAGAAAAACCUUUUUCAUCAAGAGAUGUGUAUCUCUAUUUAUACAAA